AAAUAAAAAUAAAAAUAUAAAAUAAUCUCCAACUUCAAUCUUCAGGCUAUACAUACACACAUCACAUAUAUAUAUAUACAUAGAGAGCGUGCCAAGCAAAAAACAACACACACAACACACAGUAAAUUAAAAUGGAGUGCGUUUUUGCAGACAAUCAGGAAAAUUGCAUGAGCGGCUGCGAGUCCGGCUGGACCAUCUACUUAGACCACUCCUCGAUUUCUCCCUACGCCUCCGAAUUUACCGCCGGCGGCCGCCGCGAAAUCGGGGCUUUCGUCGGAGGGGACGAGGAGUACGAGGACGAGGAUCUGUCCAUGGUGUCCGACGCCUCCUCCGGCCCGCCGCAUCUCCACGACGAGGAUCGGGUCGUCGCCGGCGGAAGGCCGGAAUCCGUCGCCGGCGUGUGCUCGUACAACUACGCCGCCGCGGCGGUCGAGGAGGCGCAGCCCCGCAGAAGGGGAAGGGAGAAACGGCGUCGUAGCAGCCAGGACGGGUCGUCCCUGCUCGACGACACUGCCAGCUCACCAUUUUUCGAUUUCUCCGAUAAGAAGUUUACUGUGGCUAGAAGCAAGGAGGAGGAGAAUGUGUUGGAAUAUUCACAAGGCUACUCUUCUACACAGUUUGAGGUGAGGCCUCCAUAUGCAGAGCAAUAUGAGUUCUUUCAGUCAACAGAGUCUGCAGAUCAGCUGCAGCAAAACCAGUUUAGUGGCUUGAAGGCAAACGGUGGUGAUUUCAUGAAAAUGUAGCUGUUGCGACCUGUGUGCAUUCUCUAUGUUUGGGUGCUUUGUGAAGGCAAAAGGGAGAUUGAAUCUUAAAAGAGAUUCUAAAUUCCUUUCUUUGCAAAAAUGAAAAAAGACAAAAAAAAAAGGAAAAAUAAAUUGUAGAUGUUGAAUUUCAUUUUGUUUAGAGAUUCAAGAUAUCUUGUAUGCAAAUAAUUAUGGUAAUCAAUUGAGUCGAUUUGUUUAUUUUUAAUUUCUUUUAUUCUCCAUGCUGCCUUUUGUUUCAACAUAUAGGAUCCUCCAAAAUUUGUCCAACCUUGGUUAACAGGUUAAGUGUAUUGGG